AUGGCUCAGGGUCGUGCCGCAACAGCCGACAGCUUCUCGGCCACCCAACUGCGGGAUGGCAAGGCUGUCACCGCGAGGCUACUCUCGAGAGCAUUGGGUACUCAUCUCGAUGAAGCACGGACGUAAGCUCUGCUCCGCGGUUCAUGGAUUGAUCAUAUUCAGUGGUGCUGAUCCAGCCCUCCUUCUACAUGUCCUCGUCGCACUUGCGGCGCGCGCCAGAGAGCUAGCAAAGUACGCAGAGGCAAAUGCGGAAGCGGUAUGUGCUACAUAUCUUAUAAGUGGCCGGUUGCGGCCGAAUCCUGAACAGAAAUCAACUCAUUAUGGGGAGGAGGUCCAUGAAAGUCGGCUCGAGGCAAGAUCAUCUUCAGGGACUUCCCAGAGCGGCCAGAGGGGGUACGCCGAAGCAAUUACUCGCACAGCUAUGCUUCUGGUGCCGUCAGAAGAGCUAUCAAGUGAGCAGCACGUUGCUGGCGAAGCCAUGAAGGUGGCUCGGGCGAUCUCGAUCGCGGUCCGACUGUUCUGUUUGCAGGCCGAUUGAAAUGCUGACACAUAUCAAUGACGCGCUCUUCUGUGCAGCGAUCGGCUCGCGCUUCGAUGGCGAGCUGUCCAAGCAACUCUACUCGCUCUCGCCUGUGAUUAAGAGGCGCGCAUCGGAGCUUGGUGACGGCAAAGCUUCAGCUGCAGGUCUAGAUGCAGCCACGAUCUCCCAGCUGAUAUCACUUGGUGUGCAAGUGCGAGAGAUCGGCCUUGACAAUGGCAAGCCGGAUUUGGGAUGCAUCGCCCUAGAUGGGAUUCAGCAGGUGCGUCGAUCCAUGGCACAAAAGCUUGAACAGCGGCUAGGAUGUGCUGAAAGCAAGCUCGGAUUCUUUGGUUGUGCCCGGCAGGUAGAAGCCAAGUCUAUGCCAGCAGGUCUCUCUGCGCCCUCCCAUCCCAGCGUACAGAAAGCCACAGUUGCUACCCGCGCACCGAGCGCUACCAUCAAGAAAGAGCAGACAGAGACAGGACUAUCCACGAGCGCAGCUGCAAAGAAGGCGACCAGCGGUCUGAGCUGGAGCAAGGCUAAGUGAGACUAUGCGUAGCCUCAAGUUGAUGCAUGCGAAGCUCAGCACAGAUUCUCCUCCCUUUCAGUAGACCCCAGCCGACCCCUUCAGCCGCAUCAAAGAAACGCAAAGGGCUGCUACCGGACUCCGAAGACGAAGAUGAGGAAGAGAGUCAAGAAAUGGACCAGUAUGUUGAAGACCCCGAGGCCGCAUCCCGGGAUGCAGAACAAGAGAAGAUCGGGUACUCGAUGGACAGAGGUGAGAGUGUGAACCUGCUCACUAAUUGUGGUGAGACAGCGUCGCUGAAGUGACUUCAUUCACGUCAGACGGGGACACAGAAAUGGCUAGCGAUGAGACAAAGGUGUCCAACAUCGCAAAGAGCUCCGCAAGCAAGACAGCCGAGCAACGACCAGCCACGCUUAGAAAGAAAAAGGAAGAUGGCAAGCGUGUAAGGAAGCAACGAGUGAUUGUUCGAAAAGUCAAGACGAAGAAUGCAAAGGGCUACACAGGUGGGUGUCGCUGA